AUGGAAAGUGUUUCUACGGGGGCAGAGGCAGUGGUGUACAAAAGAGAUGCAUACAUUCUGAAGGUGCGCGUGCAGAAAACUUACAGAAUUCCCGAAAUAGACAGCAGCAUACGAAAGUCCCGAACGCGGCUUGAGCAGAUGCUCCUGCGCAGAAUCGAGCACUUGGACAUCUCCCCCAAAGUGCACGAGCUGGGGCCGGAAGAGGCGGCAGAGCUGCUCGAAAUAAGCAGCAGCAUGCAGCCUAUGUACACUAUAAAAAUGGACUGUCUAUCCGGAGUAACCCUAAAAGAUGCACUCUUGGCUGCUGGAAAGGAAGGCCAAGCCCGCACAAUGGAACUUCUGUGUAAGGUGUACGCAUCUGUAGGGAAGCUGCACGCAGCAGGCGUGAUGCACGGCGACCUUACUUUGAACAAUUUUAUAAUAGACGGAGAGUCAGUGAAAAUACUGGACUUUGGCUUGGGGAAGCUUGGGGUCAAGGCAGAAGACAAAGCUGUGGACUUGUAUGUGCUGGAGAAAACAAUUUUGGCCAGCCAGAACUUGGCUCUUGAGGACCUGUGCAGGGUCGCUCUUCCAGAGUAUGAAAAGCAUACGCAGAAAGGCGGAAUCGUGCUGGACAAACUAAAGGAGGUUCGCAGGCGAGGGAGAAAGCGGGAGCUUAGUGCAGUGGGAUAG